GGGGCAACACCUGUGGUAUAAGAAUCAUGCUCAGCGGUCCGAUUCUUGAGUAGCUAGGGAUCUUCAAACUUCUAGCACCUGCUCUCGCUUUGUAAAGAUGAAGCUCUCACUCAUCUCCAUUCUGUCCCUUACCUUCGUAGUAGCGGCUUCCCCGUCAGAAGCCGACUACAGCCUGGUUGGUUUCGCCAAGGACAAUCCGAUUGGACCCACUACCGGCGGUGCUGGCAAGGACAGCCCUACCGUCACUGUCUCUUCAGUCGCAGAGCUCAUCUCAGCUGUUGCUGGCACAGAGCCCAAGAUCAUCUAUGCCAAGGGCAACUUUAAUCUGACUUCUCGUCUGCGACCCGGCAGCAACAAGUCGAUCAUCGGUGUCGGCAAGGGCGCCGAGAUCACUGGCGCAGGUAUUACAAUUAUCAACGCGAACAAUGUCAUCAUCCGCAACCUUGCGAUCCGCAAGAUCGUAGACAACGAUGGCAUCACCAUCCAGAACAGCACCCGUGUCUGGAUCGACCACAACGAGUUCAGCUCGGAAAUCUCCGUAGAGAUUGGCCCUGACUACUACGACGGACAGCUUGACAUCGUCCGCGCCUCAGAUUGGAUUACUGUCUCCUGGAACUACUUCCACGACCACUGGAAGAGCUCCCUGAUCGGCAACAGUGACGCUUUCAGAGCCAUCGACUCUGGCCACCUCCACGUCACCUACCACCACAACUACUGGAGGAACGCCGGCACACGUGGCCCGGCUGGUCGCUUCGGUCACCAGCACAUUUACAACAACCUUUAUCAGGACUUCUUGUACCAGGCUAUCCACAGCCGAAGUGACAACCAGGUUCUCGUCGAAGGCAACGUCUUCACCGGUAACACCCGCGAGGCUUUGAGCACCUACGGUCUUGUUAUCCCUGAGGACAGCCCUAAUACCAGUCCCGAUGGUGACUACGAGCUUGACGGAUUCGCAAAUCUCGGUGCUAAGAACGACUGGGGCCGUGCAACUAUAAACAUAACCCAAGUUGGAAACUUCACCAGGGCCCCCUACAAAUACAAGCUCACAUCCCUGAAGGAUUUGUCCAAGGUCGUCAAGAAGGGCGCUGGUAUUGGCAAGAUCUAAAAGCCUUCGUCGCACGUGCGGAUAUUGCACAGCGUGUGACCUACAGUCGACAGGUGCUUGGACUUAUGCAGAUCAAUGAUAAUGUCUUCGGGAAGUCCGCGCCUAUAACCGACUUCGUCUCCAAUGAUUGUACUGGCUCAUAUUUACAUUCUCAGAACUGUGCUCGAGACUACAGCUCGAUCUGGACGCACAAGCGCCACCAUCUGGGUACACGUGCACCAUACCGAUCAGCAUAGCGGU